AUGCAAGAUGCAGUGUAUGGUUGCGGAUUGUCGGCAUCCGGUGCGCUCGCUAUACCGCAGAUGGUUGUAAGUGACUAUGUCACAUCAAGAGAAGUUCAUAAACCGCGACGAAUUACUCAUAUGAAUACUCGUGGAAUCAAGUACAUUGCCGCUGGAUUUGGUUUUUCUUUAUUCGCCUCUAAAGAGAAACUUUUCGGUUCGGGUCUGAACAACAAGUUCCAAAUCACCAGCCAUGUUCGAGAUACGGGCAUCAAACUUCAGGAGUAUUAUAUCAGCGCAAAACGGAUCCAACUUCCUCCAAAAACCACAAUCUUGUCGAUUUCGUCAGGUCGAGCACAUUCUUUAGUUGCCACAACAUCUGGUGUAUACGCAUUUGGAGACAACGCUCUCGGACAGUGUGCACAGGAUCCUGAGAAGCACAAGGAAGUUCAUGGAGUAAGUAGAUUUUCUUUAUCACCCAGGUUAAUUCCCAGCGAUUCACCGGCAAUUGCUGUGCACUGCUCACUUGACACUUCAUUCGUCCUCACGAAAAGCGGUGAAGUCUUCGCGUUUGGUUUGAAUGAGGAUGGACAGUGUGCGAAUCAUUCGUAUGGCGUUCAGUGGAAGCCUACGAAAAUUCUAGGUGAUGCUGCUGACGAAAAGAUAACGUCGAUAUCGGGCAGUUCAGAUACAAUAGUGGCAUUAUCUGAAAAGGGCGAGCUUUUCUUGUGGGGCCAGUGCGAGUAUGGGCAAGCUGUAUUAGGUUCGGGCGAUUUGAAUUUGUCCCGGUACAUUCCAUUUCCACCCGGAAAAAUCUUAUCAGUUGGAUCAACAGCUAGCUCCUGUAUUUCCCACUAUUUUAGGUUUAUGUUUGGGGUGUUGAGUCUGACGUUUCGAACGGGGUAUUCAUCAUCUAUAUUCGCAGGCAACACCUCAUGUGGUGCAAUCAAUUCAAAUGGCCGUCUUUUCAUGUGGGGUCAAAAUAGAUUUGGUUUACUUGGACUGGAACAUGGAAACGACCAAUACUUCCCACUCGAAGUUUUCUUUCCAUAUGAUGUAAAACAAAUUUCUCUCGGACCAGACCAUUCUUUAUUCCUGAUGAGAUGA